CAAAAAAUAUGGCAGUAUCAGGUGGACUCGUUCUUCCCCGCAGCUGGCAUCACCAGAAGUGACGAAGUUGUGUAUGCAUCCGGAAACGCUUUAGUCGAUAUGAGCCGCGAAAAAAUGGAAAAGAAAGACGUCAACGAACUGUGGAAGGACGCGCAAAGCGGGCGCUUUAAUCUACGCUGGACUAGGAGGAGUGAAUUCCUAGAAAAAGCAGACAAGCAUGGGUCGAUACUCACAAAAGAAAAAUUCAAAAAGAAACACAAUAUUGAGGAUGAUGAUUCAAUUCCUGAAGAGAUGCUAUACACAAUAUGGGAGCCCGUAGGGCCAGAACACGAACUGAUGCAUUUGGUGAA